CUCUCCUGCCAGUAAGCUCAAACUGUGGUCCCUCAAAAGUGAGGCAGCCCUCAUAUUGCAGCAGUUCAAAGAGGGAGUGAGGAACCGAAGCAGCUCCACAGUGCCGUGUGUCUCCAGCCUUUAGCACCAGGAGGAACAGAGACAGAGAGAAAACUUCACAACUUCCCAAGUGCAAAGUUUGCAGGAGCAGAGACAGAUACAGGCUGUCCCAGAGAGAGAGAGAGAGAGAACAGUUUUAACAGGAGCCGUACGGAAAAGACACCUAGCUCCUCUCUCCCUCUCCGCCGAUACCCCACAGCAGCAACAGCAUCUGUGCCACCUCCAGCGGGAGUCGGAACCAGUUCCUGCCCAUUUUUACAAAACUUCUGUCAAACUUUUUUUUUUCUUUUCUCUCUCUUGUUCUCUGCAAACGAUUUGGGGAAUUUCUGUCUCAGCCCCUGCCUCCUGGCUGGCUCCCCGAUAACCUCUGAGGAAGAUGCCUGGCUUUGACCUGUUGACUGGGAUGAUCCUGCUGCUGUUGGCUUCGACUUGGGUGACGGCUUCCCCUACGGCCGCUGCCCAGGACGGGCCGGGCUCAGAGUGCCCGAGCUGCUCGCUGCCCAAGCUGCAGGGGGACCCGGCCGCAGCUGACACUCAACUGGUGGAAGCCGUGAAAAGGCACAUCCUGAACAUGCUGCACAUGAAGAGCAGACCCAACAUCACUCACCCGGUGCCCAAAGCCGCACUUUUAAACGCUUUGAAGAAACUGCAUGUCGGACGGGUGCGGGAGGACGGCAGAGUGGAAAUCGAGGAGGACUGGUCCAGCAAGUCAGUCCUGAACGAACCCGAACAAGCAUCAGAGAUCAUUAGCUUCGCUGAAGCAGGUCCGUCCCAGGAUGUGGUACACUUUCAGAUCGCGAAGGAGGAAGAAGGGGACCUUUCCCUGGUGGAGCAGGCCAAUAUCUGGCUGUACCUGAAGCUCUCGAACAAGUCUAACCGGAGCAGGAGUAAAGUGACUCUGAGACUAUCCCAGGAAGGAGAGGGCGGCAGGGUGGUCAGCGAGAAACAGGUAGACAUCAAGAGGAGUGGCUGGCACACCCUGCCCGUAUCGAGAACUGUGCAGACGAUCCUGGCCAGCAAGGAUCCGUCCCUCAUGCUGAAGGUAUCCUGUGACCUGUGCCAGGAAGCUGGCGUCUCCCCGGUGCUGAUAGAAGCCGACAAGGAGGAGUCUCACCGGCCCUUCCUAAUGCUGCUUGUCCGGGAAUCAACCGCGCACACCCACCGAAUCCGCAAGCGGGGUCUGGAGUGUGACGGCAAGGUCAACAUCUGCUGCAGGAAACAGUUUUACGUGAAUUUCCGAGACAUCGGCUGGAGUGACUGGAUCAUAGCGCCGCCUGGUUACUAUGGCAACUACUGCGAGGGCGAGUGUCCCAGCCACAUCGCCGGCACCUCGGGCUCGUCCCUCUCCUUCCACUCGGCCGUCAUCAACCACUACAGGAUCCGAGGUUACAGCCCUUUCAACAACAUCAAGUCGUGUUGUGUCCCCACCAAACUCAGGGCAAUGUCUAUGCUGUAUUACGAUGACGGGCACAACAUUGUGAAAAAGGACAUUCAGAACAUGAUCGUAGAGGAGUGCGGCUGCUCAUAAACCCUGUGAGAUACACAUAAUGCAGACAGACUCGGACAGAAAGUCACAGAGUGAGAGAGAGAGAGAAUCAAAACAGACACAUAGUACACAGAUCACAGAUUUAGGACAGUACCCCGACUGGGUCUCUCCACAGCUAUAAAACUAACUCUAGACUGUAGACAUUUUCACUCGAGGGUCUGGCAGAGCAUGGAUCGAACUGUACCAAACUCCAUGUGGCCCUCACAGCCACCCACUUUUCCCUACCUGUGACUUGACACACCUUCCACUCUUACACACAGACAGCUGACUUCUUCCGGUGCGUUGGUUUUGUUCAUAUUGUGACACUGAAUGGCACUUUCAAAGACAAAAUGCACAAGAUCUAACUUUCUGUUGUUUGAACGCGGGGCAGAGCUUUACUAAGUAGCUGCACUGUUUUCUUCUUUGCAAAACUACUCCACGUGUGUAAGAUGCCUAAGAACAGAACUAUGCAAUCUCUUUUUUUAAAAAAAAGGCUUUCUUUGGUUUACCUAAAAGGAGACGCUUGCUUCUUUUGGAAGUAAAUAUUCAGCUGACGAGAGAUACUUGAAAGGAAAGUUCGCCCCGCUGCUGGGCUAAACAUUUUUUUUAACUUUGUGACCUUUACGAUUUGCACUAAAACGACGUUUGCCUGUCUAACCGCAUCUUAAACAGAAGUGUUUGAAAGGACAGGGAACUGCACUCAGAACAGAACAAAACGAGUUUCUAUGAAAUUUUGUAUCAACGGUCGAACAGACACCAAAGAGAUUUGUGUAAAUGUUAUUGUGUGAUUUCUACAAGGAUACUAUUUUUAAAAGAAAAACUUUUAAAAUGUUUAAAAAAAAACACCUGUAGAUGAAUAUGGCUGCAGUAUCAGGGUUUGGAUUUAAUACUCAACCGCUUGAAACAUCAUUACAGAUAUAUCUGGAUGUCUGGGAAGCACCAACGAUCUGACCUGAGUUAAAUCCUACACCCUAAGUGUAGUUUGCACACUGUCUGAAAGCGAUUUGGCAAAAGCACUUCUAGCGGUCUGCUUAUUUCUUAUUUAAAAAAAAACGAGCGUGUUAGAAAAAAAAUCGAACUUUUGCUUAAAAAUAGUUGGCCUAUUUUUGUAACGACGUCGCCGAGGGCGAUUAAAAGUGUUAUUAAAGUAUCAAAUAUUGUUCUAGCAUUUCAUGUGAGAUAUUGCAAAAGCUUCUUUCACCAUAAUAGAUUAGUUGCCAAUUUAAUGAGGCGAAGGACGUGGGAUUUCCGUCAUAUUUCCCGGCACCAAAUUAGUCUUAUUGACUUUGAUGAUUGUCUUUUCGAGUUGAUGUGUGUGUGUUUUUUUUUGUUAAGAAAUGAUGCCAGAAUGUCAUGUUUUAAAGAAGUCAUCACAGUCUAUCCCCAGUUCCUACUGACUUGCCUGAAGACAUGAUUCACUGUGCAUUUGACGUGGCGUGGCGUUUUAAUUGUGGUGAUCCCGCAGGCUUCUGAACUGAAUCUCGAAAAGUAGUGAGUCAGUGCUAAAGCCUUCAGCCGUCAUCGCCGAACGCGGAUGUUAAGACUGUCUGCGGGAGGCAGCCGGUUGGGAGUCCCUUGUCAUCAGACUGGGUGAGAGGCUGAGC